AACAUGCAUCCAAAUUCUUUUUAAGUUACUUACAGAUAGUGAACAUUUAAGUUCUUUAGAAAACGGUUUUGUUUUCAAACAGGCUGGACUUGAAAGAGGGGAGGUCUGCAAGGACAAAGGUAUCUCUGUUGCCACCGACAGAGCCAAGAUGGAAUCUGGAGUUGGAGCAGGCGUUUUCUCCCAAUUAGUCAAUAUUUCAGACACCUUUAAACUACCGAAAGCUAAUAAUGCGUUUGAAGCAGAGGUUCUCGCAAGCCUGCGAUAUGCAAAAUGCUUUGUUAACGCGGGUUCGAGGGUGAUACCAUCGUGCAGAUCCAAAUUGGUCAACUUCUGUAAGAAGGAGAUAAAAUCUCUUGGCUGUGCAAGUAACAUUGCUCUGAUCUGGGUUCCACGGCAUAGAAAUAUAGAGGAAAAUGAAAUUACCGAUGAGCUAACCAAGAAGUGGUCGGUAGAACCGGUUUCAAUUGUCCCCAUCUCAGACAUCGGUGUCCUCUUGACCGUUGUUAAAGGGUAAAUUUCUACAUAAUUUCUUUCUUAAAAAAGUGCAAGACAGAUGGAGUUCCAUCUUAUCGUAUGCUAUUUCAAAAUCGUUUUGACAGAAGCAGGACGCUUAAAGUGCUUGAGAUCUCCCACCAUUCAAUUUCAAAACUCAUAGCUACCGGUUAUUAUGUGAUCGGAACUCAUGCGAAAAAGCUUAGACUUCUGUACGAGCCCCAUUGCAGAAGCUUGGGGAUCCUACAGAGAAAGAGACUGUUCAACACUUUCUUUGCCAAUGCCCGAGUCUGAAAGCUAGACGCUUGAAGUUCCUAGUGGUGCCUAUUUGAGAUAGCCUCAGGCAAUUCUCCAGUCUACAAGUAGAUCCAUUUUCUCUCCUCCACUACAUCAACAACUCUGGAUGGCUGUAGAUAGUUUUUACUCCUUUAAGUAUUAAAAUUUUUCGCAGGUCUACAUUAUGAUAUCAAAACGGCAGUGUACCUGCCAUUCUCUUUGUACUCUUGCCAUCUAACUAUCUAUCUAUAAAAAAUAAUAAAUAAAAUGACAAAAUAAGAUAAAAUAAUAAAAUAACAUCUGAUUUAUGUUAGCUAACUCGAUUUCCCCAGCAUCUCAAUUCAUUUGCUAUUACAAGUUUAGUUAUUCAAAUCCAUUAAUUUUAUACAUUUUUCAGUGCCUUUGAAUCGCGCAAAAAUUUCGAAAACUGCUACUAAAUCGAAAAUCACAAACAGCCACCUGCUUUGCCUAUAGGUAUAUGUGUACAUACAUACUUACACACGAAUAUUCUAUUAAUUAUCUGUCACGUCUUUUCUACUCCAUUCUGUUCGAGUUUCCUUUUCAAUAUGUCUCGCCGCUUGUGUGGACGCACCCCACAGAAAUUUCGUUUACACUCUUAACCAAAACCGAAAUGAGAGAAGGGCAUUUGGCUAGUAGCAGAUUUUACGUAGAGCAAAUAGUUGAUAUUCUCGCUCGCGGAAUGCCGGCCAACUGCCAGACAGCAUCUCGCUCUCAAUUGUGGGUGAUUCCAUUGGCGCAAUGACGGGCACCGUUGCCGCUGCUGUUGCUUGACGUGCUGCUGUUUAAAGUGGACAGGUUAUGCGGUGAUGUGAUGGUUGCACGCACAUUUGUGCAUACAUACGCAUUUUUUAUUCCUAUUUCAAUUUUUAUAUUUUUUAGUAUAUCAUUUUUUUUUAAUAUCAUGUUUUGUUCAUGCAUUUUUCACCUUUCGUAUUCUUCAUCGGAACAAAUGUCCACAACUAUGCAUCCAACUGCUCAGCACCUGUUUGCCAUUUCCUCGCAAGCUUCCAACUUUUUCAAAGCCUAACAACAGUUUAGUCCUCCUUUUUGAGGGGCGCUCCCACCUUCUUCCUGUGCGCAGAUUUUUGAGUACUCCGCUGCGCGCUCAACAUCAGCUGUUGUUGGCCACCUGCCUGCUUAGUCUGCCAUACGGCUUAGCGUCUCUCUACGGUCCACCAUCUACCCGUCUGUUGUGACUUAUUGACUCCUCUCUGUUGUGUACUACCACUCGAUUUGCCAUUGCGGUUGCCGUUGCCGUUGCUCUUCUCUACUCUGCCCUGCUCUGUUCUGCUUUGCUCUGCGCCGUCGCUAUCUGCGUCUCUGAUUGAGGUGGUGCGACUGCGAUUUUCGACAAAUGCCAACUCCGAAAAUCCAGUUUAUCCCAAGAAGGCAGCACGUACGGACGUUUUAGCAAACGUAACUCGUAGAGCACGUUGUUUUGCCCAUAAGAAAUCGCGCGCUGCAUCGCGUCAUUUUGUUAUCACAAUUAUUUUUACUAUAAAAACACACACACAUACAUAUGCAUAAAUCAAUUUUACGUAGUAGACGUCUUCGCAAACGUGUUGUUGUCUUCAAAGUAAAGUGCGAGUGCAUUUGUUUGCAUUAAGGUGUGAGUGCAAAUGUGUGUAUUUAUGUGCGUGUAUGUGGAAAACGUGUAAGCACGCGCCAAUUGCAAAAACAAUAAAAUGCACGCACACUUGUGGCACCAACUGAGCUGAGUGCGUGAUCGUUGAACUGAAGCUGCAACUGCAGCUCCACGACUAAACGCGCAUACGCUUGGACCCGGGUCGGGCAGACGUCGAUUGUCGGACGCUUUGAGUGCUGGUAUUCGAGCGAGAGUUUAAAAGGCGCGCGACGCCACAUAAGCGUGAACUCGCAAACACAAAGGCAGCAUACAAAUUGGACAUACGUUUUUGAAAAGCAUUGAGGUGAAGUGCUGAAAUGCGGCGCUAAAAAUUGUAAAUAGCAAAAUAUUAUAAAAGGAAGAAUUUUCAACUGUAUUUGAAAGCAAAUUUUCAUAUUGCGAAAAUGUUUGUAGGUGGAAAUUUAUUGACAAAAUUUCAAUUUUGUCACCUUUGAAAAUAAUUAAACAAUAAAAAUUGAGCUGGUCAUUGAAAUGCCGUUACCGCCAAGUGUGUAUGUGGUAUUCAAUAAAUUUAUUAAAUUUAACACAUAAAACGAAACAAAAAAGUGUAAAUUAACACACCCCAAAACAAAUGAGUGUGCACACAUACAUACAGGGGUUAGACAAAUUAACACACAUUCAAUACGUAGACUCAUUUCAAAUGCCAAAGUCAUAAAUGAGCAGCUUUUGCGUAAAAUUAAAAAGAAAGAAAAUUGUACAAAAAUGUUAAAAAUUUUAGAAAAAGUUUUUAUAAAAAAAAAAACAGAUAAAUAGUCAUAAAUGAGCAGCUUUUGUGUAAAAUUAAAAGAAAAGAAAAUUGAAAAAAUAUAUAAAAAAUUUUGGAAAAAGUUUUUAUAAAAAACAAACAGAUAAAAAAAUAUAAAAUAAAAUCUAAGCUAAAGCUUCCAUAUAUAUCUAAAAAGUUUCACCGAAAUUUACAAAAUUUAACUAAAGUACCAAAAAUGAAAACUGAAGCAACAACACAGCUGAAAGCAUCCGUCUCUUUAUUUGUUUAUUUAACAAUUUGAAUGUUAUUUAAGCUUUAAAAAAAAACAUUAAUAUACAAAAAAAGUAAAAUUCAAAAUCAUUGUAAUUCAAAAAAUUUCAAUAAAAAAACAACUGGAACAACCAUAAAAUUUGCUAGGCAUCAACUAAAUGAAAUGAAAGCAAGAAGUAAUCCUAGAAAUUUUUAAAAUUUUAAAACGAUUUACAGCCAAAAUAUUUUCUACCAAAUAUUUUUAAAAUUUUUCCAAAUAUUUAAAUAAAAUCUGGUUUUACGAUAAACAUUAAAAAUGCAUAAAUAAUAUUUUCCAACUCAACAAUUUUUAUAAGACUAAAAAUAUUUGUAAACUUAAGUGAUUUCAAGCACAAAUUUCGUGUGAAAAUGUAUGAAUUAAUUAAUUACUUUGACGCUACGUAAAAUAUACAGCUAUUUUGAAGUGAAACAAAAACGUUUCAACUACCACCACAAAAACAAAAAUAACUAAAUGAAAUGAAACAAAAAAAUGCAAAUAUUUGUUUAAUUAAUCCAUUCACAAACGCAAUGCUCAAAAACCAGCGCAGACAAAGAAUACAUUAAUUUGUCGUAAGUAGUAACAACAAAAAUAAAAAACAAAAAACGCAAAAAAAAACAAUAGAACCAAAUCGCGGAAUCGCAAUGAAUUAGCAAUUCAAAAUCAUACUUUUAAAUGUAUACAUAUUAGUGAGUCGCAUAAAAAAACAAGAAAAAUAGGUUAAUUAAUUAAAACAGUGUGUUUAACAAAAUGAAUAAAUCAUACUAAAUGUUUCUGUGCAAAAAAAAUUAAAUAAAAAUAAAAAAGUAUAGUUAAAAAUAGUGAAACCAAAAAUGUUCUUCAUUUUUUUACCGACCUUUUUUACUCUUUCACUAACCAAAAAUUUAUAUGAAAAAGCAAACAAAUCAAAAAACUGUGAAAACAAAAAAUUCAAGUUAAUAAAAUAUGAGGCGAAAUAAAAUACUUCAGGUGCUCGACAGCUGGUAAACGCGCAACGGUAAACCCGAGACUCGCUCUGAUCUUUACCGGUUAACAAAAACUGCGCGACUCGCCGUAUAUCACUAAACGUCACCCAAUUUUCCAUGCUACGCACCAAAUGAAAUGCAUUUUUUCAAACAAACCAAUCCAAUAAUCAAUUCGAACACUUAAAUUUCAACCACACAAAUCAUAUUUAUAAACAACAAAAAUUCUAAAGAGUGAUUGCUUCAAAAAAUUAUAAAACUAAAAUGAACGAGAAUUUUUAAAGACAAUUUUCAAUAUAGAAAAAUUCAAUUUCAAGUAACAAACUUCCACUCUUCAUAUAUUUGGAAAACUCAUCAAAAAUUGGUUCUGUGUGCGCGCCCUCCCAUCAUCCCGCGACCGCAACAAUGAGCGAUCCGCGGAACGAGUCCUUACGACAACCAACAAAUCGCGAUUCACCAACGCGCCGUGACAAACCGCAAACGCUCAGUGGCAUUGAAGCCACCAAAGCGCUCAAUCUGCAAAGAACUGCAUCCGGUGCAACAGACACAAAUAUGACGGAAACUCAAAGUGACAUGCAGCAAGCGGAGUUAGCAGCGAAUUUGGCGCGAAAUCGGGUGCGCUCGCAUACAGUCGGUAGUCGCGGCAUCGACGACAGUGGCGGGAGUGGUGGUUCAACGGAUACGCGUGACGUACGUAAGCAUUCGUGUGAUGGUGUGGUUAGCAUUGGCGCUGCCAGUAGAACUGGCAGUGGAAGUGGCAACGGCGGCAGCGGCAACAGUAGUGGUAUUGGCGGUGGAGCAGCGGGCGGCCAUUUUGGCAGUGGCAGCGGCAUAGAUGAAUUUGCUGGUACAGAUAAUACGCGACGACGCGAAAGUCUCAACUGCGAGGACACGAGUCCAUGCAGUCACAGCUUCAAUAAGGCCAUUUUUGGACGCACUGCACACAGUCGCACCGGUGUUGGUGGAGGCAUGACAAGGAAAUGUGUGCUGACACUGGAUGGCUACUCUUAUGUUAUAGCUGCUAUAUUCUCCACAGAAUGUCCAGUUUUCGAUCAGCCGGUUCCUGCUCUACCCACACCAGAACCAGUGUCUUGA